AUGGAUCCUCAACCGUGUUUUAUCUCAUUGAUUGACCACAAUAACAAACCGCUACUUAUCCAUGUGGUACAAAAUGAAACUUGCAAGAUAGAUGCAGUGCUAAAGUACAAUACAUUCUCUAACAUGGCGUUGGACUACUUUGAAAGCGAUCUAUACGAGUGGACCAGUGCCAACCAGAACAACAAAGACAUCAAAGACUUAUUCCAUCUGGAGGGCGUGACGGUUUACGGAAAGCUGGUGAGACAGACUCGUCUUAAAAUUGUCAUUGGCUUUUCCGUCCUCGUCAGUUGCAAUGAUGAAGAGAUAGCCCAGGUGUUCAACGAGGUUUCAAGACUGUUCAUAAAAUGCAAGGUUAAUCCAUUUGUGAAUAACGAGACAGAACUAAUGGAGCAGUUACAGGCAAGAUUCGAGGAGAAAUAUGCCGACAAUGUCAAAACUCAAAAACCUCAGUGA